ACGUUAAUAGAAACCAGUGAACCCACUCGUGUUGCAAACAAUAUCAUAUUAUCAUUUACAAAACGGUUUUCUUUCCCUCCUUCUUCUUCAUUCCCUUCUCAAUCUUCUCCAUCCUCUCCAAGAACCAACAACAAUGGCAGAAACCACCACCAUCAUUACCUUACCAUCUCUUGCAAUGCUGAUAUUCUUCACCACACUCUUCGCCUCCGCCGCUCAACAACAAAACCAAUCUCAGCACCAUGAAAAUGCAGACCCGACCUACCUCAAGAUGGUAGCCAACGCGAGCUCGUUUCCGCCGGAAGACUACUACGACUACAUCAUCAUCGGCGGCGGCACAGCGGGGUGCCCACUGGCAGCAACACUGUCACGAGUCUCUCGCGUUCUGCUUCUUGAACGAGGAGCCAUCGGCCACGGAAACCCAAAUCUCAUGACCCAAGAAGGCUUCUUGAGCACGCUGUUAAUCUCCAACGUCAACGACGACCACUCCCCGGCGCAACCCUUCACCUCCGAGGAGGGCAUCAACAACGCCCGCGGCCGCGUCCUCGGCGGCAGCAGCGCCAUCAAUGCCGGAUUCUACAGCAGAGCCGACGCCGAUUUCUUCAACAAAUCUGGGUUGAGCUGGGACAUGAGGCUCGUCAACGAGUCCUACGAGUGGGUCGAGAGGGAAAUCGUGUUCACGCCGCACCUCCGGACGUGGCAAUCGGCGGUUCGUGAUGGGUUGCUGGAAGCAGGGGUGGGUCCCUUCAAUGGCUUCACCGUCGACCACGCCACCGGGACCAAGAUCGGUGGCUCCACCUUCGAUUCCGCCGGAACAAGACACACCGCCGCUGAUCUUCUGAAUUACGCGAAACCCUCCAAUCUCAAGGUGGCGGUGCACGCCACCGUCGAGAGGGUGCUUCUUGCUGCCUCAACCCUUGAUUCAAAUUCUGCGAUUGGGGUUCUUUACCGUGACGAAUUGGGGGGGUAUCACCACGCGAUUCUGCGGGAACGCGGUGAGGUGAUUCUUGCUGCUGGUGCGAUUGGGAGUCCUCAGCUUCUUCUUCUCAGUGGGAUUGGGCCGAGAUCUUACCUUUCUUCAUGGGGGAUUCCGGUGGCGCAUCAUCUUCCCUAUGUUGGGCAUUUCCUCUAUGACAAUCCUCGCAAUGGAAUCACUAUUCUCCCUUCAGUUCCAUUGGAGCAUUCUCUCAUACAGGUGGUGGGCAUAACGGAUUCUGGUUCUUACAUCGAAGCAGCAUCGAAUGUGGUUCCGUUUCUUGCUUCUCCUCCCCAUUCGGUCUUCAUUCGCACCCCUGCGCCGCCGCUUUACCUCACCGUGGCCACCCUCAUGUCGAAGAUUUCAGGGCCUGCUUCUUCUGGUUUUCUCAGACUGGCUUCCACUGAUGUCAGGUUUAACCCCAUUGUGAGGUUUAAUUACUUCAACAACCCGGUUGAUGUCGAGCGCUGCGUGAAUGGGACUAGGAAGAUUGGGGAUGUUCUCAGGAGCAGGGCUAUGAAUGAUUUCAAGUUCAGGAACCGGUUGGGGGUGAGGGAUUUCAGGUUUGUUGGACCUGCAUUGCCGCGUGACCAGAGGGACUAUGGUCAGAUGGCUAAUUUCUGCCGCCGGACGGUGAGCACCAUAUGGCAUUACCAUGGGGGCUGUGUUGUGGGCAGGGUGGUUGAUCCUCAGCUUAGGGUCAUUGGAAUUGAUUCACUUCGGGUUGUGGAUGGUUCAGUGUUUAGUGUGUCGCCGGGAACCAAUCCUCAGGCCACCAUCAUGAUGCUUGGAAGGUAUUUUGGGAUCAAGAUAAACAGAGAAAGAGUGCAAACUGUUUGCAUCCGAGAAAGUAUUUGUUUAGAGAUUAUGCAGGAAUGUACAAUAGCAUCAGUUAGAAUCUGGCACUAACUCUUGGUUUGGAUAAUAGAGCAUUGUGCAAAGUGUAAACUCGUGACAUACUUUGGUUUUAUUUGGUUUAUGUGCUGGCCCAUUUGAUCCCAGCUCGUAAAAGGAAUGGGCUGGACUGGACAACACCACCCCAUCAGUCUACAAUUUGAGGUGUUGUGAGUGUUUGUAACAAAACUAUUUUGAGAUAGUGGAGACCAUCAUAGUCUCAUUCUCCAAAAUAGUGCUUAAUC